AUGGAAGAGCACACUUCCUCGGCAAAGGAUGCUAAGGAUUCUUUCGAAUCGGAAAAGAGAGAAAUUCAACCUGCCUCCUCGGUAGUAGACAUCGCUGCUACUCCCUCCUCCGUCGACCUCGCCGACAAGGACGCUGUUGAACUCGACAAGAAUGGCAAACCUGUACCUAAACCAGAGUCAAAGAUUGCAUACAUGAGACUCUACCGCUUUGCCUCACCCUUUGACCUCCUUUGCGUCCUCAUUGGCACCGUGUGUGCAUUCGCCAAUGGUGUCGGUCAGCCAUUGGUCGCGUUGCUGAUGGGCAAUGUCAUCAACAGCAUUGCCCAGCUCAACAGGCCCGGCGGUACUACCGCUGACGCUGCCUCAAACGCCGAGCUCAUCUCCGAGUUGCGCAUCCUCGUCAUCAAGUUCACCGUGGUAGGUGCCAUCAUCUUCUUUGUCGCUUACGGCCAGAUGUGUCUCUUCACUCUCUCAGCUGAGAACCAGACCAAGCGGAUCCGAGAAAAGUACCUCCAUGCUGUCCUCCGCCAGGAUAUUACCUGGCAUGAUAUUGGCAAGAAGAGCGAGUCUCUCAAUUCGCGCCUUAGUGCUGACGCUCAGUUGAUCUUUGAUGGUCUUGCUGACAAGGUUGGCGUCUGUCUCUCGUCCUUGGCUACCUUUGUUGCGGGCUUUGUGAUUGCGCUUACUCACGGUUGGAGAAUGACUUUGGUCCUCAUGACCACUGUCCCUUUGAUGGCUGCUGCUGGAGGACUUAUGGCCAAAUAUUCUGGAGACAACUCAGCAGAUGGUCAGGACUCCUAUGCCGUUGCUGGAGCGAUGGCUGAGCAGGCCAUUGGCUCCAUCCGUACCGUCGCCGCUUUUGGCGGUCAGAAGCGCGAGCUCCAAAAGUUCGAUGCACUCCUUGAGGAAGCGUACAAGUCCGGCGUCAAAAAGUCCAUCGCAACCGGAUUAGGAACAGGAUCCUUCAUGAUGAUUAUGUUUAUGGGUUACUCCUUGGCUUUCUACUACGGGUCGCGUCAAGUCCAGGACGGAAAAAUGGAGCCUGGAAAUGUCAUGACAGUCUUGUUCUCAACCAUGAUCGGUGCCAUGUCUAUCGGAAAUUGCAGCCCCAAUAUUGCCAGCUUUGGUAAAGCGCAAGCUGCCGCUUAUACCAUCUUCACCACGAUCGACCGCGUCCCUGCCAUUGAUUCUUCCGAUCCCUCAGGACUCAAACCCGACAACUUGCAGGGUCACAUCGUCGUCAAGAAUGUCAACUUUGCCUAUCCUAGUCGCCCCAACGUCCCCAUUCUCAAGCAGAUGAACAUUGAGGUCAAGCCUGGUCAAACCGUUGCUCUUGUUGGUCACUCUGGAUCAGGAAAGUCGACAGUCAUUGGUCUCGUCGAGCGGUUUUAUGACCCAUCCUCCGGAACGAUUACGAUCGACGGUAUUGAGAUCAAGGACUUCAACAUCCGUCACUUGCGCGACAGCAUCGGUUUGGUCUCCCAGGAACCCGUUCUCUUCAACGCCACUAUCAAGCAGAACAUUUUAUACGGCGUCCGCAAGGAUCAGAAGCAGCCUACCGAUGCAGAUGUGGAGAAUGCCUGCCGUCUCGCCAAUGCCUACGACUACAUAUCCAAGCUCCCCAAAGGUUAUAACACCAUGGUCGGCGAGAAGGGCGCGUUGCUCUCUGGAGGUCAGAAGCAGCGUAUCGCCAUUGCUCGUGCAUUGAUCAAGAACCCUUCGAUCUUGCUCUUAGAUGAGGCCACCUCCGCCUUGGAUACCGAGUCUGAGCGUAUCGUCCAGGCUGCAUUGGAUAACGCUGCCACCGGUCGCUCGACUAUUGUCAUUGCCCAUCGUUUGUCGACCAUCAUGAACGCCGACCUUAUCUAUGUCAUGGACAAGGGUGUCGUAUUGGAGUCUGGAACCCACGCGUCUCUCAUGGCCCUUGGAGGAACCUACACCGACUUUGUUGCCAAGCAGCAGCUCAAGACUGGAGGAACCGAUGUUGAAGCACCCGAUUAUGUUGCUGAUCCAGACGCCAUCGUUACUGCCUCUAGCUCGCAUGUUGGUAUUGACGAGAAAGCCAACCUCGAAGGUCACCAGACCGGCCGCCUCAAGGGCAACCUGCUCCGUCGCAUGUCGUCGCAUCACUCAGACAAGGCCGUUGCGGCCAAGGGUUCCGUGGUUGUUGAUAUCGCCGAGGACAAGGAGAUGACCAUGGCUCGCGAAAAGAAGGAGGCUGCCAGGAAGUUGAAGCUCCAGAAGGCCCCCAUCGCGCGCACCAUCCGCCACAUGAAGGCCGAUUACCACAUAUGCCUCCUCGGGGUCUUCUUUGCCAUCCUCCAGGGCUGUCUCUUCCCCAGCUUCUCUCAGAUCUUUUCCGGCGCUAUCACGACUCUCUCGAUGGUAAGGGAUUACGGCGAUGACUUUAUUCCAAAAGCCAACCACUACUCCCUCCUGUUCCUCAUCCUCGCCUUUGUCGGUUUCUCUGCUUUCGCCGGCGGUAUGUUCUUCUUCCUGCUGAGCGGCGAGCGUCUUACUCGGCGCAUGCGCUACCUGAGCUACAAGGCGAUCCUCAGUCAGGAAAUGGCCUUCUUUGAUCGCCCCGAGAACUCGACUGGCGCCCUUGCUAGUCGUCUUGCGACGGACUCUCAAGAGAUGUUUGAUAUGGUCUCCCAGGUCAUCUUGACCGCCGUCUCUGCACUGGCCACCAUCACCCUCGGUCUCACGUUUGCAUUCAGGGCGUCUUGGCAGAUGGCUCUGAUCAUUCUUGCUGCCGUCCCCGUCAUUGGUCUCGGAGAGUACCUUGAGGCCGCUUCGUUGACCGGGUUUGGAGCCAAGACCCGCAAGGCGUACGAAAAGUCUGGUCACGUCGCUGGAGAGGCUAUCGCCAACAUCCGCACCGUCGUCUCGCUCGCCAAGGAGGAUGUCUUUGAGGCUCGGUACUUUGAGGUCACCAAGGAGCCCCACAAGUAUGCGAUUCACAAGGCUCUGUUUGCUUCCUUUGGUUAUGCCAUGGCUAUGGCGGUUGCCUUUUGGAGUAACGCGCUCGGAUUCUAUGGCGGGUACCGUCUUGUCGAAGCUGGAAUCAUCACCUGGGGCAAGAUGUUUGACUGUAUGUUUGCGGUUGUCUUUCUCGCCAUCAGCCUGGGUCACAUCACGUCUGAGCUUCCCAAGUACGCCAAGGGCAAGCAGGCGGCCAUUAAUAUUUAUGAGCUGCUGGACAAGGACACUCUGAUCGAUGCUGACCGCGGCGGCUCCUCCUUCAAGACCAUCGACGGCUCCCUUUCGUUGGACAAGGUCGAUUUUCAUUACCCUACCCGCGAGAACAUCCAAGUCUUCCAUGGAGUCGAUAUCCAGGUCAAGCCCAGUCAGACUGUCGCCCUUGUCGGUCCCUCGGGGUGUGGCAAGUCGACUGUGAUUGCACUCCUCGAACGGUGGUACGACGUCGAUGGUGGACAGGUGACUGUAGACAAGUACAACAUCCGCGAUCUGCAGUUACACAACAUCCGCAAGCACAUGGCCCUUGUCGGACAGGAGCCCGUUCUGUUCGACAUGUCGAUCAAGGAUAACAUCCUCUACGGACUUCCCGAUUCUUCUGCUCCAGGUACGAUCGAACAGGCCGAGGAGGCUGCCAAGUUAUCCAACAUCCACAACUUUGUCAUGUCCCUCCCCGACGGAUACAACACCCCAGUCGGCGACAAGGGGUCCCAACUCUCUGGAGGCCAGAAACAGCGUAUUGCAAUUGCUCGGGCCCUAAUCCGAAACCCCAAGGUGCUACUCUUGGACGAGGCGACGUCGGCGUUGGAUUCCGAGUCGGAAAAAUUGGUCCAGGACGCAUUGGAUCGGGCGCGGUAUGGCCGCACAACGAUUGUGAUUGCUCAUCGAUUGAGUACGGUUCAGGAUGCGGAUUUGAUCCUUGUGGUGAAGGAUGGGCAAGUUGUUGAGUCUGGUCGUCACUAUGAGCUUGUUGGUCUUGGAGGUGUCUAUGCCGAUCUUUGUCAACAGCAGAACUUGUAG